CUUGUUAAUAAAAAUACAUUGCAAUGGUUUUUUAUGCGUGUUUAUUCACUAUCACGUACAAUGGUCGUAGUACACUAAAAAGUGUGGAAUAACAGUUUGGGGGCAGUUCUUGUUAAACAAACUUGCGACUGCCACUUACACAGUUAUUAUACUACACCGUGGACAUAAGGCUGUGUCUCCUUUUCAGACACGGACCUUUUAGACGCAUGGGCGAUUCCUGAGGAUGAUGCCUAUCAUGCGCCGCCGGCACAGCAAUACGCGGGGUCGGACCAGUCAGAUACAGGUUCCGUAACCAAUGAAGUUUCUCCGCCUGUAGCCGCCAUGUCGAAGCAUGCCGCCGUCGUGCCUCUAGUUGACCCGCAGCCGGCUCCCGCUGCGCCAGCUAAUCCUCCUGCAUCAGCUGCUCCUGCCGCGCCGUCCCUAGAUUCUCCAGCCACUCCCGCCGUCGAGAAUGUUGACCAGCCGUUACCUGAAACAGAAGAAGAGUUAGAUGCUGAUUUGAUGGAAAUACUUGGUACUGAUCCCAAUGCUGUAAAACAAUAUGGAAAAGACAUACAAAAGGACCUGUCGAUUAGAUUAGAACAUUGCGCAACAAACGGAUUAACGAAGGAGUUGCGCAAAGAAUUCAAAGAGAGAUAUUUGACACCGGAUAACUGCAAAUUAAUAGAUCCUCCUGAAAUCAACGCGGAAGUCAAGGCCGCGGUAUCGGAUGUGGUAAUUAAACGCGACAAAGCAAUUGAAAAUAAACAAAAACAACUUACCUCCGCUAUAAGUUGCCUAAGUGAGGCUAUAACGCUCCUUAUGUCAAAUAAGGAGAAAAACACACCCUUGCUGAAACUUUUGAUAGAUUCAAGUAGAAUCUUAUGCGAUUGUCAACAUGCUGAUACCAUUACCAGGCGAAAUUUUUUAUUGAACGCUAUGAAGAAGGAAAUGAAGGAUCAGCUUCAAAAUACUAAAAUUGACAAGUUUUUAUUCAGUGAAAACUUGGCCGACGCUCUGAAAUCGGCUAAAGCCAUUACUAAAUCUGGAGCAGACCUUAAGAUUCCGGCGCCUAAACCUCAGGCUAAAAAGCCUAAUAUACCCCAUACAAAUAAAAAUUUAAACUGGAAGCCGGGUCCAGCUCGCAGGCAGCCGGGACCGUCACGAGCGAAGGAGCCUGCGACCUCGACACGUCAUCGGCCCAUGCACACCUCGAGGCCAUCGCAGCAUCAGCAUCAGCACUACAGGACGAGCUACAGACAUCGUUAGCAACGGUAAUACCAGGAGGUAGAUUAGCUAAAUUUUAUACUCAAUGGCUAAUGCUCACAGAUGAUCCUCUAGUAUUGUCUUAUAUCAAGGGUUAUAAAAUUCCAUUUUCUAAACCAGUUUCACAAUUAGUACCACCAAGUACAAGAAAAUACUCCAAUCAAGAGAAAAUUCACAUACGUGAAUCUAUCUCAGAAUUAUUGUCAAUUGGAGCAAUCUCACAAUGUGAAGCGCAAGACGAUCAAUUUUUGUCGCCUAUUUUUGUUAUACCCAAACAGAAUGGAAAAAUGCGAUUUAUUUUAAAUCUUAAAUCUUUGAACAAAUUCAUAGAUACAUCUCAUUUUAAAUUGGAGGAUUUACGCACUGCUUUAAAGUUAAUAUCAAAGGACUGUUAUCUAAGUACAUUAGAUUUAAAGGAUGCGUAUUUCCUUAUUAAAAUACAUGAAAAUGACAGGAAAUACCUCCGAUUCCAAUUUGAAAAUAAUAUCUUCGAAUUUAAUGUCCUUCCGUUCGGGUUAAACAGUGCUCCUUUUGUUUUCA